CUUGCGGUCUCCGGCGUUGCAGGAGCCCGGGAGCUAGGGACGAAUUCCACAAAAACUCCAUACUGUCGCCUCCUGUAAAGUUAGAACUUGGUACUGCCAGCCCAGUUCCUUCGGAAAUCACCUAUAAGUGAGGACACAAUGAAACUCAUCAUCUUAGAAGAUGCCCUUCAGGCCAGUGAAUGGGCUGCCAAGUACAUCAGAAACCGAAUCGUCCAGUUUCAACCAGGCCCCACCAGAUACUUCACCCUGGGGCUUCCUACAGGAAGCACUCCUCUUCCUUUCUACAAGAAGCUGAUUGAGUAUUAUAAGAAUGGGGACCUCUCCUUCAAGUACGUGAAGACAUUUAACAUGGAUGAGUAUGUGGGCAUCCCACGUGACCACCCUGAGAGCUUCCACACCUACAUGUGGAACAACUUCUUCAAACACAUUGACAUUUCCCCUACAAACGCCUAUAUCCUGGAUGGGAAUGCAUCUGAUCUGCAGACAGAAUGUGAUACUUUCGAAAAGAAGAUCAGGGAAGCUGGAGGGAUUGAGCUUUGUGUUGGAGGUAUUGGCACUGAAGGACACAUCGCCUUCAAUGAGCCUGGUUCCAGUCUGGCGUCUAGGACCCGAGUGAAGACUCUGGCCGUGGAUACCAUCCUAUACAAUUCUCGAUACUUCGAUGGAGAACUCUCAAAAGUCCCCACGAUGGUUCUCACUGUGGGUGUGGGUACAGUCAUGGAUGCCAGAGAGGUCAUGAUCUUAAUUACAGGCGCCCAAAAGGCACUUGCACUGCACAAAGCCAUUGAGGAGGGGAUAAGUCACAUGUGGACUGUGUCUGCCUUGCAGCAGCACCCCCGUGUAGUAUUUGUGUGUGAUGAAGAUGCCACACUGGAGCUUAAAGUGAAAACUGUUAAGUAUUUCAAAGGGUUGAUGAUUGUUCAUAACAAACUAGUGGAACCACUGUACAGUAUGAAAGAAGCAAAGGAAAACCAACCUUCAAAGAGACCAUAUAGUGACUAACGUUACCCUUGAAGCCAGCUGUCCAAUCCCCCAAAGAGAUACAGACUUUGAGGGAACAGGUCUUUAGGGGGAAAAAAAGUUUCAUUGAUUAAACGUUUUAUAUGCCCACUCCAA